AGAUGUGUAAUUUUCAACUUUCUUUAAAACGAAUUAUAAAAGGAGCCCUUGCUUCUAAAAAGUUUAAAGCAGUUUGAAUAACUUAGUUUAAGCCCAUAUAAAUUCAAAACGAAAACCCUAAAAAUUUCCCCUUUAGAAGAGACUCAACUCAGUAAUCUCCGCCAUUAAAAGCUCUGUUCGUCCUUGCUUUGGCUUUUGGCGUCUGUGUAUAAGCUGACGCCAAAGUUUCUCUCCUUUUCUGCCCAACCAAUUCGGCAGCCAAAAAUAGACAAAAAUCAAUAGAGGACAACCUAACAAACACAUUACAGCUUUGAUCAACCUAACGAUGUCGUGCGACGAUGUGGAGAUAGAGGACAUGCAGUGUUACGAGGAGUUGCAGGCAUACACAUAUCCAUGCCCUUGUGGUGAUCUUUUUCAGAUAACAAAAGAAGAGCUAAAGAUCGGCGAGAAAAUCGCUCGUUGCCCAAGCUGUUCUCUCUACAUCACCGUCAUCUACAAUGCCGAGGAUUUCGCCGACAAAAAAUCAAACAAUAACCUUGAGCCUCCAAAACGGCAAGCAGUGGACGUUGCUUGAGACCUUUCAGAUGGCAAAUGGAAAACUGGUUUUAUAGGAGGUUGGAAAUAUGUUCCGUGCCGUGCUGGUAACAUUGGUGAGGAAAUUUUGUUAUAUCUGUGCGUGUAUUGAAUUUAACAUAAAUACAUGUAUUUGGUUCCCUUAGUAAGAGAUGAGAUUUGUUGGGUGGAGCAAUCCAACUAACUUUAUUAAUA